AUGCUGAACAUCACUACUCCAGCAACCCAACGCAACACCACCUCCCAACCAUCGUUUCAAUCUUUCCGAAACGUUUCCGCUUGCAAUCGCUGCCGCUUGCGCAAACAUCGCUGUGACCAGCGCCUCCCGCGCUGCGAGCCUUGCGAGAAAGCAGGAACACGCUGUGUGGGCUACGAUCCACUCACCAAACGAGAGGUCCCGCGGAGCUAUGUAUGCUUCCUCGAGAGCCAGGUCAAAUAUCUGAAGCAGAUUCUGACUGACCAUGGUAUCGAAUUCAAAUGUGCUUCGCCCUUCGAUGAGAAGGAACCGUCGCGGACAAGCGCCAUAAAGAACACGUUACCACGAAGAGAUGAAUCUUCAUCUGAGAGAGUUGGAGUUGAGGCUAGGAUCGAGCAGAGAACCGGAAAUGCCUCGCUCAAGAGAAAGCUCAGUUCUCCCACCGAGAAUAUUCUACCCCCGCGACAAUUGAAGCGCGUCUUGCAGCUAAACUUGAUUCUCAAGGACUUGCUCACCGACAGCUAUGCAUCUUACCACUGCGACAAGGAGCACGUGCAGUCGUCUCCACAGAAACCUGUCUCUGAGCGACCCAUGCAGGGUAUUUCCAUCCCGCACGAGCCGUGGUCUACGCCAGAGCUCAGCGAUGGCCACGCGAGUUCCGAGUCGAGUUCUGGGUCUCCUCAAUCACUACUGCACUUUGACGACGCGCCCUCGGUACAGAAUACCCCCGCUCUGAACGAUGACUUGCAUUUCAAAGGCCCAUCUACACCAGAGAGCUCUUGUGCGGCUGAUCUUAACACGAUGAAUCUCAAUUUGGAUAAACUUGAGACGGGACCACUUAUCAGCACCAGCUUUCGGGAUUUUCCUCAGGAUAUCUUAGAGAAGCAACCUGCUUCUUCCGAGCUCAAGGAAAUGCAAGCUAUUCCUGAGAUCAGAUCGGACUUCACUUCGGGUCUCGAUCCAAAACAGGACGUGCAACCAGCUUACGAUUUACUGGAUGAAUUCCUUAUUGGCUGGGAUGAAGACCGGCUGGGAAUAGACUAA